AUGGCCUCAACUGCACCUGCCAGAAAGAUGAAGGAAGAAGCCACCUGUGCCAUCUGCUUAAACCUGAUGGCUGACCCAGUAAGCAUCAGCUGUGGACACAGCUAUUGCCAUGCAUGCAUAAUGGACUUCCUUCAGAACAAAAGCUACAUGCUACCAAAUCAAGAGCAGUACUGUCCCCAGUGUCGGGCCCCAUUUCAAUAUGGGAGCCUCCGACCCAACAAACAGCUAGGAAGCCUCAUUCAAGCCAUUAAGGAGAUGACCUGUGAUGUCAUGUGCGAAGAACAUGGAGAGAAACUCCACCUGUUCUGUGAAGACGAAGGCCAGCUCAUCUGCUGGCGUUGUGAGCGGGCACCACAGCACAAAGGACACAACACGGCUCUUGUCGAAGAUGUGUGCCAGGGGUACAAGGAAAAGCUCCAGGAAGCUCUGACAAAUUUGAGUCUACUCAAUGAUGAAUAUAUAGAGUUAAAGGCAUCGACAACAAAGCAAAUAAGCCAAUGGAGGGAGAAGAUAGAUAUUCAGAGGAAAAAAAUACAGUCUGACUUUAAGAAUCUCCAAAGCUUCUUGCAUGAGGAGGAAAAGUGUUGUCUGUGGAGGCUGGAGAGAGAAGAAGAAGAGACUCUAAGAAGACUAAAGUACAAUGAGGAAAAUCUAGAGCAGAAGAGCCAUGAAAUGAUGAACUAUGUCUUGAGUCUAGAGGUGAAAUGUCAGGGUUCACCUCAGGAAUUGCUUCAGGAUGUGAAGGACACUUUGAACAGGAGUUCAGCUGUGAAACUAGAAACCCCAGAAGUUGUCUCUUUGGAGCUUAACACUGUGUUCAAUGUUCCGGAGAUUUACUUUGAUUUCAAGAAAAUGCUAAGACGCUAUCAAGUCAGUGUGACUCUGGAUCCAGAUACAGCCCAUCCUGGACUAACUAUCUCUGAGGAUCAGAGACAAGUGGCUCUCAGAAACACCAAGGGGAAUUUUGAUGCUUCUCCUGGGAGAUUUAGCGCCUCCCAUUGUGUCCUGGGUUGUGAGGGCUUCACCUCAGGGAGACACUACUUUGAAGUUUAUGUGGGAGAAGGAACUGCGUGGGAUUUAGGAGUUUGUAGAGAAAAUGUGCAGAGAGACAACAGAGUGAAGCAGAAGCCCAAAUAUGGUUUCUGGACCAUAAGACUGUGUCAAAAGGAAGGCUAUAUGGCACUUUGCUCUCUUCCAACUUACCUUCAAUUGAAGGAGAAGCCUUUGGUUGUAGGGAUUUUUCUGGAUUAUGAGGCAGGGGUUGUAUCCUUUUAUAACAUGACCACUGGUUCCCACAUCUUCACCUUCCCGAAGGCCUCCUUCUCUGGUACUCUCCGGCCCUAUUUCCAUGUUUAUAAAUUCUCUCCUUUGUUCCUACUUUCCCAAGAUGAAGAAUGA